CUUCAGUCGACAUUCAAGCUGUCAAAAAUCAGUCAGUCAGCCAGCGGCAUCAUCGUUCGUCGUUUCGGUCGUUUCACCGGGCUCCAGAAAGCGGAAUCGAAUUUGUAAUUGUCUUGUAUUUAAUACAGUUUCUUCCCUAAAAUGCCGUACGCCAAUCAGCCUUCGGUAACCAUCACGGAGUUGACGGACGAGAACGUGAAAUUUGUUGUUGAGGACACUGAUCUGAGCGUCACCAACAGUCUUCGAAGGGUUUUCAUCGCGGAAACUCCAACACUGGCCAUCGAUUGGGUUCAGCUGGAAUCGAACACCACCGUGUUGGCGGAUGAGUUCCUCGCCCAUCGAGUUGGGCUUAUUCCUCUGAUUUCGGACGAAGUUGUGGAACGGAUGCAAUACAGCAGAGAUUGCACCUGUUUGGACUUUUGCACCGAAUGCAGCGUCGAGUUUACUUUGGACGUUAAGUGCAACGAUGAGCACACCCGGCACGUUACCACAGCAGAUUUGAAAUCGAGCGAUCCUCGAGUGCUUCCGGUCACUUCACGGCAUCGGGAUGAUGAAGACAACGAGUAUGGCGAGGGCACAGACGAAAUUUUGAUCAUCAAGCUUCGUAAAGGACAGGAACUGAAAUUGCGAGCCUAUGCAAAGAAGGGUUUCGGAAAGGAACACGCCAAGUGGAAUCCAACGUGUGGCGUAUGCUUUGAAUAUGAUCCGGAUAACUCGAUGCGUCAUACUCUGUUCCCAAAGCCAGACGAGUGGCCAAAAUCGGAACAUACCGAGCUGGAGGACGACAAGUACGAAGCGGAUUUCAACUGGGAAGCCAAGCCAAACAAGUUCUUCUUCAAUGUGGAAUCUUCCGGAGCGCUCAAGCCGGAGAAUAUCGUCAUGAUGGGUGUUCAGGUGCUGAAGAACAAACUUUCCAAUCUGCAAACACAGCUCAGCCACGAGCAACAGAGUGAUGCUCUGGCUAUUUAAGACACUAUCAUUUGAAGCUAAGUAAAGUAUUUAAUUAAGAAGGCAAA